AUGCGUUUCGCACCUGAAAGCGACGUCUGGCACAUGAAAGCCGAUCCACGGCAGAUGGGCGAGUUUGCUUUCAAAGCAGCUCCUGAUGCGUUUGUGACGGCAGAAUUCAGAUGGAGAGAGAGACCCACGAGCCCAAAGUUCGGAAAGGCAGAUUCGUACGAGAAGCUGGAGAAGCUCGGCGAGGGAUCCUACGCCACCGUCUACAAAGGGAAGAGCAAGGUGAACGGGAAGCUGGUUGCGUUGAAAGUGAUUCGUCUGCAGGAGGAGGAGGGAACGCCGUUCACUGCGAUUAGAGAGGCGUCUCUGCUGAAAGGCCUGAAACACACCAACAUCGUGCUGCUCCACGACAUCAUUCACACCAAGGAAACCCUGAUGCUGGUCUUCGAGUAUGUGCUGUUCCUGUUCCAGUUACUGAGGGGUUUGUCUUACACCCAUCAGCGCUACAUCCUUCACCGGGACCUGAAACCACAGAACCUGCUCAUCAGCGACACCGGAGAACUCAAACUGGCCGACUUCGGUCUGGCCCGUGCGAAGUCAGUCCCCAGUCACACGUACUCUAAUGAGGUGGUGACGCUCUGGUAUCGUCCUCCAGACGUGCUGCUGGGAUCCACAGACUACUCCACCUGUCUGGACAUGUGGGGUGUCGGAUGCAUCUUCGUGGAAAUGAUCCAGGGAGUGGCGGCAUUCCCGGGCAUGAAGGAUAUUCAGGAUCAGCUGGAGAGGAUAUUUCUGGUUUUGGGGACGCCAUCAGAGGAGACGUGGCCAGGUGUUCACUCACUCCCGCACUUCAAACCAGAUCGAUUCACUGUCUACAGUCCCAAGAAACUCAGACAAGCCUGGAACAAGCUGGGUUAUGUAGAUCAUGCUGAAGAACUGGCUUCCAGAUUUCUCCAGUGCUUCCCAAAGAACCGUCUCUCGGCCCAGGCGGCGCUUCAUCACGAGUACUUCACCCAUCUGCCCCCGAGACUCUGGGAGCUGCCUGACAUGUCUUCAAUCUUCAGCGUUCCCACAGUUAAGUUACAGCCUGAGUCUGGCGACAGCAUCCAGGUGUGCAGUAAGAGCAACAGUCACGGCAAAGCGACGUCAAACAGCAAACACUGACCCGGAGCCAAACAGGUUGGCGCUGUCAACCCUCAAGAUAUGAAAAAGACAAAAAGAAGAAGGAGACGGGAACGACUCUUAAUGUUUAUUUAAAUUAUUUCAUUUCCGGUUGGUUUGACCUUCCACAUGGGACUGAGAGCAAAUCAGUCAAAUCUGAGUUUUACCAUCAGGAAUGUGGUGUAACAUUCCCACAUCGACGGCAUGCGAACGACGUUCGGACUUCGAAAGGCAAUUAAUACGAACUGUUUGUGUAUGUAGCUACCUAUGUACGAAUGUUUGUACAGUUAAAUACGUGUAUAUCUAAGAGAACAAACCAAAUGCCCUCCCGUGCACAAUCAUGCAUUAUCGAGACCAAGCUGGCAUUUUGCAUUUCCUGCAAUCUUACACAUUGUUGGCUAUGGUACGGUCCAGCUGCACUCCCAAUAACAUGAUAACAAUUUCCACAGUAAUAACUAGGGAUGCACCGAUGUAUCAGCCAAUAAUCGGUAUCGGCCGAUUAAAACAAUUACCUGCACUAUCAGCCAUAGACCGAUUACUUAAAAACAGCCAAUGAUCAGGGCCGAUUAUAUCCUGUCAAUCAAAAGGGGGCGGAAAAACAUGUCAGACAGCAACUUGUGUUGUGUUGAAUUUAAGACUGUCCAAGUUAAAGCAAUAAUAACGCAAAGUGUUAACACAAGUUCUGUUUGACCCUGUGAAGCACCCGUAGUUCAAGCCAGGGUUGCUAGAUUUUGAAACGUUAUUUGUAAUGAACCUCCCGUCCAAUAAUCUUACUUCUGAUAAGAAACAAGGUCUCAACUCUCAAGUAAUGUCCAUUUUAUUGUAAAAUUUUAAUAAUAAAUGCCGUUUGACGCUCUUGUGGCGUUCAGAUCUCUGUAGCACUUCAGUUCAAGAGGCAGUGCGGAGCGCAAGUCUCUUCCACUUUAAAACAAGUUAUAGUGUGAAAUAAACAUGAAUGAACAUCAGAAGACGUUGAACGAUACAGUACAUCUUAUCGAAAUGUGUCAUGGCUUAAAUCAUCACUCAAUCAGCAUUUCAACCGAAAGAAAGACGUCAAAUAAAACGGCUUGUAAACAGUGUAUUGCUUAACGCUGCAUUCUCCUCAGGAAAGUUAUCCAGUUUUCACAGUUGGUUAGGUAUCGGAAGAUAUCUUUCUGAAUAAUUGUUUAUCAGUAUCGGCAGAUAUCAUUCUGAAUAAACGUCUAUAGGUAUCGUAUCGGCAGAUAUAAUUCUGAAUAAUCGGCAGUCGGUAUCGUAUCGGCAGAUAUCAUUCUGAAUAAUCGAUAUCGGCAGAUGUCAUUCUGAAUAAUUGUUUAUCAGUAUCGGCAGAUAUCAUUCUGAAUAAUUGGCUAUCGUUCUGAAUAAUCGACUAUCGGUAUCGGCAGAUAUCAUUCUGAAUAAUCGGUAUCGGCAGAUAUCAUUCUGAACUAUUGGCUAUCGGUAUCGUAUCAGCAGAUGUCAUUCUGAAUAAUUGUUUAUCAGUAUCAGCAGAUAUCAUUCUGAAUAAUCGGUUAUCAGUUUCGGCUGAGAAAUUUAGUAUCGGUGCAUCCCUAGUAAUAACGAUAAUCACACUGACAAUGUGGUUGCAGCCUGAUGGUACACAUACACUCACUGCAGGGACUGUGCUAAAGCAGUGAACACCAACAGCACUAACGGCAGAUAACUGUGAGUCUUGUGUACGUCUGUGUGCGUUUACAUGUGCGUGUUAGUGUUAAAUACAGGCAAUACACUUGCACUGGUGCUACUGUGCAUGAGAAAGAAAUUCACUCGUCCAUGUUUGGAAACAAAUCUAUUUUCGCUGUUCCGUCCGAAGGCCCAUGACAAUCUUAUAACAAAUUGCACUCGUUAACUGAUCGUUAAAAUGGCCCAAAAUUUACUUUGAACUGUUAGAGGAUGUUCGCACAGGUUGUGCUGUUUUUUAUUUAAAUGGACAUCUCUGUAUCUUGUUGCAUGAGCUCUGCUUUUUUUUGUUACGUUUAUGCAUUUUGCAGAUGCUUUUAUCCAACUUAAAGUAUAUAGCAUUCAAAGUUUACAUUUGAUCAGUUCAUGCAUUCACUUAGAUUCGAACCCAUGACCUUGCCAUUGCUUGCACUACUGUUUGAGCAACAGAAAUGCUUUAGCAUUUAAUUUUUAAGCCAUGUCAUGUUAUGUAAAAAUUGGUCAGAAUUGGGUUCAAUACAGU